GGAAAGGCGGGACUUCCUGUUGCACGGCUGGCGUACUGGAGGUAGAUUAUUAGUAGCUUCCGGUGUUUUUUAAUAACAAAAGUUCCCUGAAGAAGACGCGUACGAGAAGAAGUAAGGGCGGCGGUGUCUUUUUUUGUAAACAGUUUGACGGUGAACAACAUUCGACUAACGGGACGUUGAGCUAACUACCUCGGUGCGUCUUAUCGCUGUAUGUGCGGUAACAACAUGUCUGCUCCUCUACCUGCCAUCGUGCCUGCCGCCCGCAAAGCCACCGCCGCGGUGAUCUUCCUGCAUGGCCUCGGUGACACUGGACAUGGAUGGGCUGAAGCCUUCGCUGGCAUCAAGUCAGCACACGUCAAGUACAUUUGCCCACACGCUCCCAACAUGCCCGUGUCCUUAAACAUGAGAAUGUCCAUGCCUUCCUGGUUUGACAUUUACGGCUUGAGUCCGGAAGCAGAGGAAGAUGAAGCUGGUAUUAAGAGAGCGUCAGACAACCUUAAAGCCCUGAUAGACCAGGAAGUGAAGAACGGGAUUCCCUCCCACAGAAUCCUCCUGGGUGGAUUCUCGCAGGGCGGGGCCUUGUCCUUGUACACCGCUCUGACCACGCAGCAGAAGCUGGCGGGAGUGGUGGCGCUCAGCUGCUGGCUUCCUCUGCGCAAUUCCUUCCCUCAGGCGUGCGGCGGCAGCGCCAACAAGGACAUGCACGUCCUCCAGUGCCACGGCGACGCCGACCCGCUCGUGCCCUUCUCGUUUGGGAGCCGCACCGCCGAGAAGAUGAAGAGCCUCAUCAACCCGGCCAACGUCUCCUUCAAGUCGUACCGCGGUCUACCUCACAGCGCCUGUCCCGAGGAAAUGGUGGACGUCAAGCGCUUCAUCGAGAAGCUGCUCCCCGCCAUCAGCGAGGAAUAAGACGUCUCUUUGGCCUUCACCAGGACCACGAGCAGCUUGACAGCAUAAAAAAAACAAAAGACAAAAAAAAAAAUCACGCCGCUUCCGCCGUACCUUUUCAGAGGCAAACCGGAGCGCUUGAUGUUGACGCCGAGGAGCAGCGACACGUCCCGCCAUGGAGUAUUGCAAUCGUCAGUGUUACGGUAAAGUGACGUCAGUUGCUUGAUUGUUGAUGCUGAACGCCAUUUUCCCCCGCAGCACACGUUUGUACAGGAGUAACUAGGGCUAAUGUUUUGUUUUUUCAAUGAUGUAUACGUGUCGUAUUGCUUAAACCAGAGGUGUCCAGAGUGCGGCUCGUAGCUAACUUUAGCCACAAUCAUUAGCAUUCUAAUAUUUAGCUUUUUUGCAAAUUUUUCAUGUAUAUACCUCAGCAUCAAAUGUUUUUUUGAGGAAUAAUACCUGUUAGUAUGCUCGCUAAAUUUGUAGGUAUACACCUCCAGUCAUAUUUUGGUACUUGAUGCAUGCUAACGUUAGCAUGCUAGCAUUUAAAACAGAUUUUUCAGGUACACACCUCAUUAAUAUAUUUUGGUACUCGACACAGGCUAACAUUAGCAUGCUAGCUUUUUUUUAAACAAAUUAAGCAGUUCAGUAUUUUGGCAUUUCAGUAAUGUUUUUGUUAGCACAGUACCGUUAGCAUGCUGUUUUAUUUGUAUUUUUAUGAAUUAUUUCCCCCAAAAUAACACCAGACAAAAGAUAUAGCCGAGGAAAAACAAAACACACAAGACGAAGCAAAUAAAAGCAAACAAAACACUCAUAAUAAUUCAUGAAGAUGAUAAUAUUACGAAGCCACUAAAGGGACAUGGGGGAUUUUUUUUUAAUAUAAUUUUUCAAUUUUUAAUUUUUUUUUUUAGACUUGUAUCUCGUGCGCACUAGAAAUGAUCUCGUGCGCACGAGAUACAUGUCUAAAAAAAUAAAUAAAAAAUAAAAAUGAUAAUUUAUUUUGUAUUUUUAUUUUGUAUUUAUUUAUUUGUAUUUUUAUUAUUUCCCCAAAAAUAACACCAGCCAAAAGAUAUAACCGAGGAAAAACAAAACACACAAGACAAAGCAAAUAAAAGCAAACAAAACACUCACACACACACAUUCACACAUCAUUGAGGAAGCUAACAUAAAUAAUAAAUAAUUAUAAUAAUAAUUAAAAAAUUUUUUUUUUUUUUUUAGACAUGUAUCAUUAGAUACAUGUCUAAAAAAAAUAAAAAAAAUAAAAAACAAUUUAUUUUUAUUUUUUUUAGACAUGUAUCAGAAACUUUCUCGUGCGCACGAGAUACAUGUCUAAAAAAAAAAUUAUUAGUUUUUUUAUAACUUUAUAAAAAGUUUCUCGUGCGCAUGAGAUACAUGUCUAAAAAAAGAACAUUUUAAAAAAAUUAUAAAAAUGAUUUUUUCCACCAUGUCCCUUUAUGGACUCCGUAUAAAAUAAUAACACUUUUUUUUUAAUUUUUUUUUUUUUUAAAGAAUGCUUUUUUUAGCUAAUUUGGCAGGUCAAAUAUUUUGGUGUUUCACUAAUGCUAAGUGCAAGCAUGUUAUUGUUAGCAUGUUAGCAUAGAACUGUUCAAAUGCUUGCUUUUUUAGAUAAUUUUGCUCACAUUUUUUGUUAGUUGUUACUUUGCUAACUUUUAGCAUUUCAGCUAGGCUCUGGCUCUUCAGCAUUCACACAAAACUUCUACCGAAAUUGCAUUUUCUAGUUCUUUGAAAACAAUCUAUACAUUGUACUGGUUUUAUGGGUGAAAACCAGCAAAACGGCCCCCCCGCGCCCGCAAAAGUUUGGGCACCCCUGGCUUAAACCGAUUUGUUACGACUCAAAAAGAUGUUUCUCACGUCACUGAUUAUGUCUUUAUUUACUUCUUGCUGUUAUUAAUUCUCCCCUUUGGGCCCCCAAACAAAGCUUGUAGGAGAGUGAACACCAGGGGGAAGAAAAAUGAGGUGUGUGCACGACUAACUUGAUAUAUUUAACUCCUCAUGUUGUCAUGGAAAUACAUCUUUUCAAAGCGAA